AUGGACAAUGAUAUCAAAGUUAGGGAGCUAAAUCAGACUAGUAAUUUGGAUGGUUGCUUACUACAAGCUGAAUAUGGAAGAAAGAUGAAAGCAAUGAUGGUGUUAUUCUUCUCGGGCACAACUCCAAUUGGGAUCGUGCUGGGAAUUGGUUUGUCAAAUCAUGUAUACAGUGAAACAAGUCCCACUGCUCUGAUUGUGGUUGGUUUAUUGAAUGCUUGCUCUGCUGGGUUACUGAAUUAUAUGGCAUUGGUGGAUCUGUUGGCUGCUGAUUUUAUGGGGCCUAAACUACAAGCAAGUCCGAAGCUCCAGAUGUUGGCAUAUGUAGCUGUUCUUCUAGGUGUUGGCAGCAUGUCAUUGAUGGCCAAAUGGGCUUAG